UCAGGAAUGAUAUCAAAAUGACUUUCGUUUUCACAAGAGGGCUUCCUGUCGAUAAUAGGAUUGCUCAAAGCUUAUUGGUUGACACACCUGGCCUUGUUCGGGGAGGAUAACAGUGGCGGCUGAAGUGAGGUGGGGGUUCUGAUAACUUUCGAUCUCAGCCAAAAAGCACAGCAAUGGCGCUCCUGUGACGGCGGAAAGGUAGCAGGAUAAACAAAGACUGCCCGAGUGCAACAACUGUUGACCAAUUGGAACAAUUGUUGCAUAGAUUGGAAGAGCUACUCAUCAAAACAAACAUGGCUGCGUCUUUAGUCCGCACCUGUGUCCUUACAACAAGGCGGACGUUACAGUUUUUGAGACCAAUUUCGUUUGCCUUGCAAGAGAGCCAUGAUUCAAAGAGAUCAUAUCAUCGACGCCAAAAAGGGUUUCUCAGGGAAAUGUACAAGAAGAGAAUUGAUAUUGGACCAGACAAACCUCGAAGACGCUCAGAGUGGAUCAACUGGAACUAUGACUGUGAAAUUUUCUCCUUUGGGCAGCGUCUGGGAGAGAACUUUGAUGAAGGCUCACUACGUCAAGCAUUUGUCCACAGGUCUUACGUGGAACAGGAAAAGGAGAAGAGAGCGGAACUUGGCAUUGACCUAGAAUCAGUACCACUUGAGUUAGAUGACAACUCUGAUUUAGCCAACAGUGGAGAUAAACUUAUGAAGGAUUAUUUGAAAGUGUAUCUGAGGAAUAUCUACCCGUAUAUGUUUGAAGAGUGUAUCAGCUCUGUUUGUGAUCAUCUGAUGAUGGAUGAAACCCUUUCUCACAUCGCUUCCCACUUGGGUUGUGAGGAUCUCAUUCUGUGUCAGGAUUUCCCUGUUCAACCCUCUGUGUUGAGUGUGACGUUCAAAGCUGUCGUUGGUGCACUGGAACAAGCUCAGGGCAAGGAAAGAGCCGAGGCAUUUGUUCGAGACUUUGUCCUUCCUCAACUGAUCGGCAAAGACCUGAACGAGAUGUGGCCUCUCCACAAUCCCAUGGGGCUCCUGGUGGCUCUUUUGUCUCUCACUGGCCGAGGGCAGCCGGAACCCAGGUUGUUAUGGAAGUCUGGCAGUAACACAAUGAUGUCUCUAUACUGGGUGGGGAUUUACAGCAACAAACAACUCAUCUCUAAAGCCCCAGGGGAAACAGUUCUCAUCGCUGAGGAGAUGGCGGCCAGGGAGGCCGUCAAGAAAGUGAUGAGAACGGAGGACAACCGGCCACCGCUGGUUUUGGGAACAGUCGCCGAGAGGUUGGAGUUAGAUCGCGACCGAGUGAACGCCAGUGCGGAAGAUAUAGUGAGGAGACAUUACGAACAGUCGUCUGGUCAGUCUGACUCCAUCACGUCGUCGUGAUAGCCUGGAGCGGAGAAGGAUAAGGUCGUGGGAGUUUUUGUGACAUGAUUGUGUUUGUCUUACCUGUAGCCUGUUCUAGUCUAGGGUUUUUUUGGGGGUAGGGGGGGAAUUUUGUUUUGUUUUCUUCCUGGGAGGAACACUUGUGAUAUUACUGUGUUUGUGUGAACUAGAACAUGUCCUAGUUAUUUUU